UCAUGUAGUGUUACGUAUCUUGGUGUUGACUGUUGAGUCGUGUCUGUGGCGGGUCCGUGUGUCACCGUUAGCGGAUGCGUUGAGACGGGCCAUGAAAAAUCCAUUUAAUCCGCGCUUCACGCCAAGAAUUAAGAUUUUCUGACGCGCGUAUCGUAUUCCUCAAAUCCCGAUAUUUCAUUUGCGUGCUCAAUUGAUGUGCAAUAGUGACGACUGAUGCCCGCAAGGCGGGGCGAGAAUUCCUCUUUGUGUCGAAGAAGUAGUCCCCCGUCCAGGCAGGCUAAUAGCGGAAAGAUGCCCCGUCCACAAAUAUCAAACAUGGAGGCUCCGACAAUGUAACGAAAAUUCUUUUAAACCGCGUUGUGUUUCGUGAGUUUUGAGUAUUCGUUACCCCUCGGUCAAAACAAAAAUGGAGCUACGCGUAGGGAACAAGUAUAGGCUCGGGCGGAAAAUCGGGAGCGGUUCUUUCGGUGAUAUUUAUCUAGGGACGAACAUUUCCACGGGUGAGGAAGUCGCCAUAAAGCUAGAAUGCAUAAAAACAAGGCAUCCCCAGCUCCAUAUAGAGUCGAAAUUUUACAAAAUGAUGCAGGGUGGUGUUGGAAUCCCCACAAUAAAAUGGUGCGGUUCGGAAGGUGACUAUAAUGUUAUGGUGAUGGAACUACUCGGCCCAUCGCUAGAAGAUCUUUUCAAUUUUUGUUCUCGAAAAUUUUCGUUAAAAACUGUUCUACUACUCGCUGAUCAAUUGAUAAGCAGAACGGAUUACAUUCAUAGUCGAAAUUUCAUUCACCGGGAUAUCAAACCUGACAAUUUUCUUAUGGGCUUGGGAAAGAAAGGAAAUCUUGUAUAUAUUAUAGAUUUCGGUUUGGCCAAAAAGUAUCGAGAUGGUCGGACGCACAUGCACAUACCUUAUCGAGAAAAUAAAAACCUCACAGGAACUGCCAGAUACGCAAGUAUAAAUACACAUUUGGGAAUUGAACAAUCACGGAGAGAUGAUCUUGAGUCGUUAGGUUAUGUUCUGAUGUAUUUUAAUCGGGGAAGCCUCCCUUGGCAGGGGCUGAAGGCAGCUACGAAGAGGCAAAAGUAUGAACGCAUCUCGGAAAAAAAAAUGUCUACUCCUACAGACGAACUUUGCAAGGGUUAUCCCGCCGAAUUCUCAACGUAUUUGAGGUACUGUAGGCAGCUGCGUUUCGAAGAGCGACCAGAUUAUUCAUACCUGCGUCAGUUAUUUCGCACAUUGUUUCAUAGUCAGGGAUUUACUUACGACUAUGUUUUCGACUGGAACAUGUUAAAGUUUGGUAACGCCCGGCAACCCGCACUGCCCUCGGCACAACAGCCCCCUAGCCACUCACAGCCCACUAAUGCGGCACCUCCUAGUGGGACCAACAAUGAUCAGGAACAUCGCUCAAGUUCCAGGCCUUACACUCGACAAUGUCUGGCAAAUGCAUUGGGUCUCGGUCCUGCGGGUCCGACGGUUGGUACUUCUAGUCGUCGCCAGAAACAUGAGACGAUGGACGCACGUGGUGAUCAGGACAAUCAGGACAAGAGCGACCUCCAAGACCUAGUGAACUUGAGCUCUGGACAUCACGAAAUGAGUCGUAAUAGAUCUGAAGUUAAGACUGGGGCAUCAGGCUUUUAUCACCCAACAGCUUCUGUCCAAGACAGGAGCCCCAAUGUUAAGUCUAGGCAUUUAGAUAAACAGAGUUAUUUUUUUCAUGGGCAUAAAACUGAGAAAGUUGUAGCAGAGAUACGGGGUGAGAAUAUUGAGCAUGGCAAUGUAGGUUUAUUCCGUGACCAAGCUCAAUUGCAAAAACGUUUUGACAAUGAACGAAACAAAGUAUGGGAUCCAAGUCUUGCCAUGAGCAUGGAAUUGAGCAUGGAGGGAGUCUUUUCACAGGCCAAAGUUUCUGAUUCCGCUCAGGAAACCUUAAGAUAUGUGAACCUUGAUCACAAUGUUUUAGAAAACGUUGAUGAGAACCUUGAUACCCUCGGGAAUGUUGUAUUCUCUGUAAAAGAACCAGUGAUCAGGGAAAAAUGUUCGAAAAUUGUGCCAGAUAAUGGCUGUGUUGGAAUAGAAAGCAAUUUUUCUCAUCGACGUAAGGAUAAAACUUAUAAGAGCUUAGAGUCUUUGGAAAAAAAUCCAGAUCACUUUGGAGCAGAUGCGAAAAGUCUUGAUUUCGUAUCAGGGAUACCGACAAGAACAUUUUUUCAUAAGAAACAACACAGCCUAGAUUCGUGCACACAAAAGUCAAAACAAUCUAAUGAUUCUCUUACCAAAAUGCACAAGCGCCCUGGUUUUUUUCAACGAGUCGGUCGAAGUUUGCAUUUUUUACCCAAAGGAAAAGAGAAAACUCCUGUGUUUUUGAGAGAAGAUAAAAAAACCGAAUUCCUGCAAUCGAAGCAAGAGAAAUGUGAAUAUUUUCUACAGAGACACGAACAGGGUUUGAAUUUUUUUGAUAGAAAUUUAGAUUUGUCCGGUAAAAGUGAGGGAAAAGUGAAAGACGAUUCGGAUUUUUUCCACGAUCGUGACAAAGAUGUCGAUAAUUUAGGGAUAGCUGGAAAGGAAUCAAAAUACCGAUUUUUUCCAAGUGUUCGUAAAGAUGUUGAAUCAACUCGUCGAGGUAUCAUAACUUCUGUCGAUGAACUGCUAAACCAAAAAUUAGUGUUGAAUAGUCAAGUAAGCCAAACUUGCAAUGAUUUAUUUCGCCACGAGGACGCGAAUAAUGAAGAUUUAGGCAAUGUUUUUAAUACUGAUAACAAGGAAACUGGAGUGGCAAACACCACUUCUGAAAUUCAAUUCAUGGAUCGGGGUGCAAGCAUCAUGACUCAUGAGACUACAAGUGGUAACAAAGAUAGCUUGGAAAUUGGUUAUUCUAUAAGUCAGCAUGGCAGAUUUUACUUGCAGAAUUUACAAAAUACUAAUUCCGAGGGUUUGAAGUUCAAUGAAAUCACUGACGCGGAAAAAAGACAACGUUACGUGGAAUGGCUUGCUCAAAAAGAUUUAGAUGCAUUGAGCCGAGGAACAAAUUCGAGUGAUUCAUUAGGUAAUAAUAAACCGCAGCGUAACAUGGAUAUUUUGAAAGGGAUUCUCAUGGAUUUGUUUGUUUGCAUUUGCAUUUAAUUUACUUGAGUUGCUCCCACCAUAUUAAGUAUAUAUCCUGUCGUUUUAGGAUUGUUAGGAAUGUUCGAAGUUUUAAAUCCAUUUAUAAAUUUGAAUAUAUCACGCGACACAGGCCACAGGAACUUACAUAUUUCUUGCGAUUUACUGAAUUGAUGAAGUUGCUGUUUGAAAAAAAAUUUUUAUUAGACAUUGCAGCUUCUUUGUUUGUAGUGGAAAUCGUGUUGUUUGCAUUUUGAAGGAUAAAGAAAUGGUUGUAUUCUCCCUAUUCAAUUUUUGUUUAAACCUUGCUUCAACUUGAGAUUUGUUUAUUAUUAUUAUUAUGUAGUUACGAAUAUCAAAGGAUUUUGACAACUGAUAAAAGAAUUGCAUCAUGUUCAAUCAAUUGGUUUAAGGAUAUAUAGUGACAAUUUUAUUGAUUUUUAGACAGCUGUCUUUAUGUACACCAUGUAAUAGAUAUUAUUAUAUAAAGACUGGUUUGUGAUGUCCCUGUUAGGUUUUAGUUAUAAGUUUUUAUAGUGACGUUUCAUCAUUUCAUCCCGUUGACUUCUAAGAAAAUGAUUAUUAUACUGUUGUGUUCGUACAUCAUCGAACUAGUGCAGUACAUAAUUAUGAGAAAUCAUCUCCAUGUAUGAUAUACGAAAUAUAUAGAUAUAAAAUUUUAUAUGAAUAACAAUUUGCUACUCUGCACGAAAAACAUCAUUUUGCACUGUGAUCGGACAAUUUUGC